AUGCCGCGACAAAAAUUCCCAAUCGCAGAUUUAACGUGCCCGGUAUUACGGAAGUUGCUGCGCGACCGGGAGUUGAGAUCGGCCGGGCGAAAACCGGAUUUAGUGAAGCGGUUGAUCGACAGUGAAGGUAGCGAUGAAAUCGAAUUGUCCGACAACGAAAUCGAAGACAAUGACAACGACCUUCCACAGACGGUUUCCGCUUUGGUGGAAAAUGUGGCGUCAAUAAUGGCGGCCAUUAAAAAUGGCCAAGUCGGUGUACCACCCGUACCACCUGUUCCACCCGUUCCAUCAGCUGUCCUACCCCAGGACGACGAUGCUAUUGCCGAAGCUCAUCAUCAACGCACACCAUUCAAUAUUACCGCACCGACUCAUUCAACGGCUUUCGGCGAUAUCGAGCCGACACUACGACGGCGCAACGAGACGAUGACGUCAACUCGUCAACCGACCGCGGAAUACGUAUUUCAACCACAAGAUGUUAUCGGGAUUCUACCAACAUUUGACCCGCUCGACGAUGUGUCCCCAUCAGCCGAACAAUUCAUCGACCGAAUUGAAAAAUUGGCUCAGGUAUAUCACUGGGAGGAAUACCUCGUUCUGUUUGCCGCUCAGGCUAAGUUGAAAGGCCCGGCGAAACGAUGGAUUGACGGAUUGCAAACGACGUUUGCAACGUGGGAAGAAUUCUCCAAAGCGCUAAUUGCAGAUUUCCCCAGUCGAUUUACGACAGAAGAUAUGCGACAGCGGCUCGAUAGCAGCCGUCGCGCACACAACGAAACAACCGAAGAAUAUUUUUUCCGCGUCUGCGCAAUGGGACGACGGGCGAAGCUUGACGACGAAACGAUCGUGUAUUACAUACGACGAGGGCUUUGUAUGAAACCAUUACAAACUGCCAUAGCCACGAUGCAUUUCAACACGCCGAGCGAAAUGCUAGUGGCCAUACGACGAUUUGUAGCGAACGAUCCGGGAAUGAACGAUAGUUCCAAUAGCGUUCGGGGUGAACGAACGAAUAUACUCCGAUCGCCGCCGCUGCUGAAUGCUGCAAACCAAACUCGAGGCUAUCCGCAACGAAGACCACGAUGCGUGAAAUGCAAUAGAACUGGCCAUGCGCAGAAUGACUGCCCGACAGCCGCGCGAACAGAAGCCAACCGCCGAGAGACAAUAAAUCGUAUAGCACAACACACAGACAACAAAUUGCUAACGAAGACAGUGGAAAUAGGCGACGAUGAAUUUGAGUGUAUUGUGGACUCAGCAAGUAGCUGUUCUUUGAUCAGACAGUCUGAGGCUCAACGAAUUGGACAGAUUAAACAAGUCGAGCCAGCACAACAACUUAAAGGGUUCGGUGGAGCUGUAUACCUUUGCAAUAAGAAAAUAAUUGCAACAAUCAGAAUUGACGACGUGAUACUGGAGGGAGUUUUGUAUAUCGUGGACGACGAACAGAUGGAUAAGCCGAUACUCAUUGGAACCGAUAUUCUACUGCAAGAAGGUAGGUGCUGCACAAUUCGUGGUCGUGAAUUUAAAAUGAAAUCGGAAUUCGAGAACAUACGAACCGGACCAAUAUCAUCAAUCGAUAAAGAACAACUGUCUGAAGUAUUGGAAAAAUGGCAUAAGUGUUUUUCUACUAAUUUAUCAACGAUCGGUCGUUCAAAUUCCACCGAAAUGGAAAUCCGUGUUACAACCAGCAAACCAGUCAGUCGACAGCCUUACAAGGUUCCGUUCCCGAGGCGAUUGAAAGUGGAAGAAAUGAUCGACGAGCUACUGAAAGCUGGAAUAAUUCGACCGAGCGAGUCGGAAUAUUCAUCUCCGGUCAUACUGGUCGCGAAAUCAGAUGGUACAGACCGACUUUGUAUCGAUUAUCGAGCAUUAAACGCGAUUACAGUGAAGGAACCAUUCCCAGUUCCCAGUGUGGAAGAGCAAGUGGCACAAUUGGCCGGAAAUUCCUUCUUUACUACGCUGGAUUUCAUUUCAGGAUAUUACCAAAUCCCGAUUGCCGAAUCAUCGAAAAAGUAUACGGCUUUCGCCACUCAUAUAGGUCAAUAG